AUGGCCUCACUCAGCUCUUUACCCUGCGAGAUCCUUCUCCAGAUCAUCCGCGACAGUUCCCCUCAAGAAUUAUGCCGUCUUAGUUAUACCUGCAAGCGCUUGGCAUCAAUCGCCGGAGAGUGCCUAUGGACGGACAUUGAGCUUCAUGAGAAGGGAUAUCACGAGUCGAGCGCAGAGCUCAACGAGCCACUGCCAUAUAAAUCUCCCAAUCGGUUUUACCAUGAUUCGGAAAGGGAUGGAUGGCAAAGCGAUAUCAGCGAAAGAGCUAAGAGUCUCUUUACCAUGCUGCUGACGCUCCACGCUCACGAUGAAGGACACCUAAGGGAAGUUGCUGGCAGAGUGAAGAGUCUGUGUACCGUAAUUGAGCCAGAGUGGAAACCCGAUGAAAGUUCAGCGGCAGAGCCAGUCUCUGUUUGGAAGCUAUUACCCUAUUUCAAGAACCUCCAAUAUUUGGAGCUUCACGGCGCCUAUGGAACUUUCAGCCACAGAGAACUUGAGGGGACACGAGAGCAGCGAUUGGCAAAAUUGCGCUUUGCAAAACUCUUCGCUUACAUCCCUCGAUCUGUUGCCACUUACGUUCUCCAAUCUCAAGAUUCGCUCGAUCACUUGGAGCUUGGGAUGCUGGAUCAGCCGCUGCCCAAUACAAUCGCAAUCACUGAACAAGAUACUGAAAGCCAUAGCCAGCGGGAACAUCAAUCCAGGGGAGUCAUCCCGAGACCACUUGGGCAUUUCUUAUCCGAUGGCCGAGUUCAUUUCCCAAACCUUAAGCACUUGUACUUAUGUUCACCUUCUAAUAGCCGUGGUGAUUACUUCAACCAAUAUAAUGCGUGGUCGACGACGGCAGAGCGGGACACCCUCGAGGCAUGGAAAAGGCUCACCUUGGCUUCUAGUCGUUCUUUGGAGACUCUCGUGAUGGAACAUCGACCUGCGGCAGGGAUUGAGGACAAUGAAGGGUUCUCUGAGGACGAGUUCCUAUCCACUGGAAAGACUGGUGCUGCCAACAAGGCAUUGGUGGAUGCCAUCGGGGACAUAAUCAUCGAUAAGGAGAAACUUUCAAGAUUGAAACGUGUUUACCUGUAUGGCUUUGUGGCUGGUAGAUCAUAUGAAACAUCGUCUGUCCAUACACCAGGAGACUGGUUGAUCCAUGGGUUGGGAGCGAGAGAAGUCAUCUGCGAAGCCAGGAGGGGAAGAUGGUGUCUAUUCGACCAGGACUCAGGGAAAACAAAGUGGGCAAAGUGGACUGGAGAUGGGAAUAGUAAUCUUCAUGAUGGCUAUAUGGGUAUCCGGUGGUACUCGCUUCUGGCUCGCGUAUAG